AUGUCAGAGCAGAUGCCAGACAAGGCUGGGGCUGCCGGGGCCCUGGAAGACAUCUGUCGGGAUUAUCAGUCAUCGCUGGAAGACCUGACCUUCAACAGCAAACCCCACAUCAAUAUGCUGACCAUUGUAGCUGAGGAGAACCUGCCCUUCGCCAAGGAGAUCGUCUCUCUCAUUGAGGCCCAAACAGCCAAGGCUCCUUCCUCAGAGAAGCUUCCUCUUAUGUACCUCAUGGAUUCUAUUGUGAAAAAUGUUGGAAGAGAGUAUCUCACUGCCUUUACAAAAAAUCUAGUUGCAACAUUUAUUUGUGUGUUUGAAAAGGUGGAUAAAAAUACUAGAAAAAGUUUAUUUAAAUUACGUUCCACAUGGGAUGAAAUAUUCCCUUUGAAGAAACUUUAUGUCUUGGAUGUCAGAGUCAAUUCACUAGAUCCUGCUUGGCCUAUUAAACCUCUGCCCCCUGAUGUAAAGACAUCUAGCAUGCACGUGAAUUGCAAAUUUUUAAAUAAAUCACCUGAGGAAGCUUCAGCACCUGGGACAGUGCUCAGCUCCCCCAGUAUCUCCACUCCUCUGAUUGAACCCCACAUACAAAAGAAUCUUACUCAAGAGCAACUAAUAGGGCAAGAGGUACUUGAAAACCCAAAACAGUUGUUAGAACUUCAGCAGAAGAAGCAGCAGCUUGAGUUGGAAGAAGCUAAGGCACCACUGGCGGGAUCUCUCAGCGUUCAGCAGGAGACAGCCAACUUGGGGCCUGGAACACUACCAUGGAAGUUACGUGUUUCACAAAUUCCCACCAUGGCCAUAAAAACUCCCCAUCAGGUUCCCGUGCAACCUGACAAAAGCCGACCAGGUCCAUCCUUACAAACUCAAGACUUAAAAGGGAUUACACGGGAUCCCCGUCUGAACAGGAGGAGACAACAUUCUUCCCAUGGCAAAGAGCAGAGUCUCAGGAAGGAAUAUGUAAUGAACCCAUUAAACGAGUCUGAUAGUAACACAAGGAAAACUGUACCCUCUGAAGAACUAAAUUCAUCCAAGCAAGCAAAAAGUGAGUCAAGUGAAAGAAUAACCAAGAAUGAACUUGACCAGUUAGAUUCUAAAUCUACAUCUAAAUCACAAUCACCUUUGAAAAACAAAUCAUCCCACAAAAAAGACUUGAAAAAUCAAGACUGGGAAAGGAUGAGGGUGUGUGGUAUGAACAAGAGAGAUCCACGAAUAAAAGAGUAUCUUCAGGAUAGAGCUGAGGGCAAAGAAGAAGAUGUAAAAGAAAAGAGAAAAACUGCAGAGAAGAUGGAUAAAGAUGAGCACAUGGAAUCAUCUGAACACAGGCUGAUUGGAAGUAGAAGUCAAAUCAUAAAUGGCAUUGUGAAAAAACAGGACAUGUUUACAGAAGACCUGGAAAAACAGGGGCCAAAACCAGGGAGAACAAGGACUCGAAAGAGAUCAAGAUCAAGGUCACCUAGGUCUCAGUCACCCAAUGGAAGGCAAAGAAGUAUGUUUCCAGAUUUGGCCCCCAAAACUAGAAAGAUGCAUGAGUCAGGACUUAAACAGUCACAUAUGGAGGAGUUCCCAGCACCUUCUAGGGAAGAAAGAAAUGUUAAGGGAAGUACUAAGCAGGAUGGGCGAGAUCCCAGACAGCUGAAAAAGAUGGAUGAACAUUGGCCAAAAGAAACUGCAAGUCCACCUUCUGUGAAGUCAGGUGCUGAGCCACAAGAGAAUAUAGACAACUGGCAAAGCUGCAAGUCUGCCAAAGGAUGGAAAUCUAGUUGGCAAGAAAAUAAAAGCAUCCACGUGUGUGAUGAACAUAGUCAAGCACCUCAUCUAAGGCAUAGGGAGAGCUGGUCAAGCACUAAAGGAAUCUUGUCCCCUCGAACCCCAAAGCAGCACCGUCGACCAAGUGGACAUGCCGAUCUUCAGAUUCCUACAGAGUUAACCAUUGCAAGCAAAAGAGAAGUCCUUCAAACUUUGAGUGAACUUUCAGCUUCUGGUGACAUUUCACAAGACCAAUUCCUUGGUGUUGUGCAUCAAAUUCCACAGCUCUUUCAGUAUCAAGAAGGUGGAAGGGAGGAGCAGAGAUCUCCCUUCAAUGAUUGUUUUCCAUUUAAGCGACCUAGAUAUGAAGAUUCAGAUAAACCGAUUGUAGAUGGCCCAGCAUCAAGAAUUGCUGGCCUUAAUACAAAUCAGCGGCUUACAGCUUUAGCUGAAGACCGACCAUUAUUAGAUGGACCUGAUAGGCCAUGUGAGAGGAGACAUGUCCCAGCCAAGAUGAUUUUGGAAGGACCUAAUGAAUUAAGCCAUAGAAUGGAUGGACCCCCUACACCAGCUUCUCUUGGGUUGGAGGGAUCACAAAGACAAAGCAGGGGAGGAGGCCUUAUGCAAUGCAGAGGACCACAAGGUCAGUUAGGAGGUGCGUGUCCUUUGAGAUUUGAAGUUCGUCCAGGACCAGUACAAUUACCUCUGCGACAUGAAGGGACAAUUGUUCAAGGAGGAGGAGGAGGAGGGGGAGGAGGAGGAGGAGGAGGAGGAGGAGGAGGAGGAGGCAGUUUUCAAUUUGAAGGUUCACCUAGUGUGAGUUUGGAGGGAUCUGAAGGUGGUUUGGGAUUUGAAGGACCUGGGGGUCAGCCUUUGGGCGUUCUGAGGUCUGAAGGCCCUCUCGGACAUCCUGUGGGCAGUCUUAGAUUUGAUAAUCCUCGAUGCCAACCUUUAGGUGGGCUCAGGUUUAAGGGGGCUCAUCAUCGACCAGGGGGAGCAAUUAGGUUUGAUGGGCCUCAUGGUCAGCCAGGUGGUGCUAUCAGAUUUGAGGGCCCUUUGCCACAGCAAGGAGUUGGAAUGAGGUUUGAGGGUCCCCAUGGUCAGGCUGUGGCUGGUGUGAGAUUGGAAGGACAUAAUCAACUAGGUGGGAACCUUAUGUCUGAGGGACCACAUGGCCAACCAGGGUUUGGCAUCAGGUUUGAAGGACCUUUAGUACAACAGGGAGGUGGAAUGAGGUUUGGGGGUCCUGUGCCAGGAGGUGGCCUGAGAACUGAAGCACCUGUGGGUCAAGGGGGUCCACGAUUUCAAGGUGGUCACUCUGUAAGGUUUGAUGGACAGCCAGGUCAGUCAUCACUUUUGCCAAGAUAUGAUGGAACACAGAGCCUGCCAGGUCCUAGAUUUGAAAGAGUUGGUCAGCCAUGUCCACAGAGACUUCCUGGGUCACCUGGUCCGCAGGUUCAAGUGAGAUUUGAUAGUGUAACUCAAAGAUUUGAUGGGCCACAACAGCAGCAAGCAUCAAGAUCUGAUAUUCCUCUUUGUGUGCAAGGUACCAGAUUUGACAAUCAUCCUUCCCAAAGGCUUGACUCUUUCCAUCAGACUGGCCCAUAUAAUGACUCACCUGGCAAUGCUUUGAAUAUUCCAGUUCAAGGACUACAGUUCCAAAGAAAUGAAGAGAUAUUUGACACACUUCAAGGACCAAAUUUUAAUGGAACUCUUUUAGGAGAAUGAAUGUUUGGACUACAAAAAUUCCCAAAGGCCCCUAACAGAGCGUCAGGACACUAUUUGAAUGAACAGAAUCUUGAGAGUUUUCAGUUGGGAAACUUGGGCAAUUUACCUAGUCCAAUGUCAGUAGGAGCUCUUCAGACAUCUCAACAGGUUCUGACUGGUGUAGCUCAGCCAGUAGCAUUUGGUCAAGGACAGCAGUUUUUACCAGUUCAUCCACAGAAGGCUGGAGCUUUUCAUCCAAAUCCUUCAGGAGGUCUUCCUAAGGCAUAUCCUGAUCAUCAUCUCGGUGAGGUGGAUGUGAAGGAAUUGUAUGCAAAACUGGUAAAAACGGGAAUUCUCAAAUUGUCCCAGCCUGACUCAACUGCAACCCAGGAAAAGGAGGCUGAUGCUCAGGCUCCCCCUGAAGAGGCAAAGGAUCAGAAUGAAGAUCAAGAUGCUCCAGAUCUUACUAAUUUUACAACUGAAGCAUUGAAACAACGUUAUGACAGUGUUAUAAACCGGCUGUACACUGGGAUUCAGUGUCCUUCUUGUGGAAUGAGGUUUGUGACAUCCCAGAGAGAUGUUUAUGCAGAUCAUUUGGACUGGCAUUAUCGGCAAAAUAGAAGCAAGAAAGAUGUUAGCAGAAAGGUCACUCAUAGACGUUGGUACUACAGUUUAACAGACUGGAUAGAAUUUGAAGAAACAGCUGAUCUGGAAGAACGGUCAAAAGGCCAGUUGUUUGAACAGGUUCAUGAAGUGGUUGUCCUCAAAUCUCAGGAGGCUUCUAAAGAAAAGGAGUUCCAAAGGGUCCCUGCUGGACCAGCUGGAGCACUUGAGAGUUGUGAAAUUUGUCAAGAACAAUUUGAACAGUUCUGGGAUGAAGAGGAGGAGGCAUGGCACUUAAAAAACGCUAUUGGAGUAGACGGAAAGAUUUACCAUCCAUCGUGUUAUGCAGAUUACCAAAAUACAUCUUCUUUUGAUUGGACACCAUCUGCCAUCAAGACUCCAGUUGAAAACCCUUGGAACAUUAGGGUGAACAUUGUCAAAAAGGAAUCGCAAGACCCCUGUGAAAGUCCCAAAGUAAAGGAAGAGCACGUUGAUGCCCCACCAGCCUGUUCAGAAGAAAGUGUAGCAGCACCCACUGACAUUAAAACAGAAAAUGAUACAGUUGAGUCAGUUUAA